UUCUCUCCGAACUGCCUUUUUUUCGACUGCCCUUCUUCAAAGGAUAUCAUCGCGCGCGCGGGAAACGAAACUCGGAUCACGACGACGACGACGGCAUCGCGACUGAAAUAUGAAAUAUGAUCUUCGCUCGCCGCUACACUCAUCAUUCGCCUAAAUGUCGUUAACCGAAUCGCACACAGGUCAGGUGCGCUCCUAAAGGUAGACUACCUGCCUUCCAGAGUUAAAAUCGGUUUCCUGCUGUUGCUGGUGUGGUUUAGGAGGUCAGCACUCAAUCGGAUUUACGACACGUGUAAUUAAAUUAAGGCCGGAUAAUUGAUACAUUGAUAGUUUCAUGGAGCUCUCAAAUCCUGACAGCAAUCGAGAUGGAUGGAUUUUAAACGGAUUAAAUUUCAUCAAAUUGGAAAACUAGUUGCAAUUGAUUUUGCACGAGUGUGUGUUUGUGUGUGGGAAAAACUAGAAACCAAGUGGCAUUAAUAAGCCUUGAACUGUGGUCAUUGGUGUGAUGUGUGCAGCGGCGAAAAUUAAUUCAAUUUGACCAUCCACAAUCCGCGCGCGCUCGAACAAUUGUGGUUCGAGCUGAAUUUUUCCUGACCUCUGGGAAUUGACAACCGGAGGACCGCAGCGAAAAAUAAAAAGGAAGAACCGCGCGCGGUGUGCCCAUCAAGUGCAAUAUUCAUGCAAAAAUGAUGCGUGUCCCUGAACGCGCGUGGUGGUCAAAUUGAGAGGGCAAAAAAGGUGCAAUACAAUCAAAUUAGUGGAAAAUAGAGCACAUUUCAAUUAUGCGUGUUUGGAUAUCGACGAAAAAUGCCAGUGAGUUUGUGGUGAAGUAAACAAGAGGAAGUAAAAAAAAGCGUGGCAAAAUGUUCACGAAUUGGCUUGCACCUCCGCCCACAACGAGUCUACCGCCGGACACAAUAAUUGAGGUUGGCCCGCCGCCCUUCACCCGGUAUGCCGCGCACAGUGCCCUGGUGUCGGCCCACAGUGGCUACCUGCGGGCGGCGUUGCGUUCCGACAGUUCAACCGGAAGCACCACGGCAGAAACAAUCCCCAUCUACGUCCCGAACGUGACCGCAGAGCAGUUCACGCCGCUGCUGGCCUACAUGUACACCGGAUUUCUGGACCUGAAUAUCGAAAACAUUUUCGGCGUCCUGUUGGCCACUCACAUUCUGCAUAUGCCACGAGCUCUGGAGCUGUGCCGAGCCUUUCUAUCUGCCAGUCAGCAGCAACAGCAGCAGCAGCAGCAGUCGGAGAAUUAUUUCAGUGGCCUGAAUGCCAUAUCCGCUGUGGCGUCCAAACCUAAGCUCGAAGCCGAAACGAGCAAGGUGGUACGACCAAUCGCUAGCAAAGCGACCGGAAUUGGGCUGAAUUUCAUCGCACCACCCACGUCCCACAUCCUACUGCCGAGCACUCACACCCCGUUCAAGAGUCUGUCCGGGGUUGGCCUCGUUGGUCCGACGGUGGCCACGAGCGUAGACACCAAACGUGACUCAUUCUCACCUCCUGGGAGCGUCAAAUUGACAGAAUUGACUGAAUGUUCGAUUGCCACAGCUACGCCGGAAGAACCACCCAAACCCUCCAAGGAGCACCAACUGCCACCGACCACCAGCCAUAAACGGCCAUCAAAAUCCCUCAAACGAGCCUCGUCCAGCAAAUCAGACUCGGUUGUAACGACGGCAUCCAAAGAUUCCACCAACAACAGCAACAACGACAAGGGCGUAAUCGUAGACAUUGCGAGCUGCGACGGUCCGGUGCGAUUCCGACGCGUUCUCAACGACAGUUACGGAAUCAACACCGCCAACAACAACAAGACCAUCUGCACUCCCGACGAGUCGUCCAAGGGUGGCAACUCGCGCUACAUGAGCACAUCCUUCCAUCAACAGAUGGUGCGCAACAUCAACGAACGCAAACAGGCGGCAAGCAGCCUAGCUUCGGGCGAAAGCUACACCAGCAGCAAGGACGAAAACAGCCAGGACACCAACCGGCCCCAUUCGCCGCAAAGUGCGUCGACAACCACCACGACCAACACAAUCGCGUCAACCACGACCACGACGGGCGAAACGUACAACUGCGUGUACUGUAAGCACACCUUCAAGUCGCAGUACUGCUACCAGAAGCACGCCAAGCGUCAUCUGAUUCCGCUAUCGCUUGAAGUCGGUGGUGGCGUCCAGCCAGAUCCGGAAGUCGAUUCCGAAGGGCAUGGUGAAAAACAACCAACGAGUUUGUCGUCGUCAUCGUCGGUGGUGCGGCACGCGAAAUCACACCACGCAGCAAAACGUGAGGUCAAACCGCUGGACAUGAACGUGCAGUACUAUCCGUGCAAGACGUGCGGCAGCAAGUUCCCCAGCUACUACUUUGUGCACAAGCACCGGAAGAUGUGCCACGCGGACGAGGAGGUGCUUUAAAAAAUGCACCGCACGACAUAACUUAUACAGGGUAUAAUCAAAACAUUAGCAUGGAAUUGUAUUGUUAAACGAUCGCUACAUAUCAAAACUAAUAAACUUCAUCUUCGAUUUACUAUUGACUGUCAGAGGGAAA